AUGGUACUUUCAUUACAAGAAGUUUCUCAACACAACAAGAAAGAUGAUUGUUGGGUAAUUAUUCACGAUAAAGCAUAUGAUCUUUCUGAUUUUAUAGAUGAACAUCCUGGUGGACUGGCAAUUAUUAUGAAAUAUGCUGGUAAAGAUGCAACCAAGGCAUUUGAUCCUAUUCAUCCUGGUGAUACUUUAACCAAAUAUUUACAACCCAAAUAUCACAAGGGAGAAGUUGAAAAAAAGAAGAAAAAGAAGAAGCAACCAAGCACUACUACUAAUAAUGAUGCAGAUGCAAACAAAACUGCAAAGGAAGCCCCGGUCUCACAAGAAACAGUUGAUGAAUUUGAUGUUGAGUAUGAUGAGCAGGAUAACAAGGCUGCUAUCACUAGUAGUGUUGAAGUAAAUGGAAAAGAUAGCAACAACAACAACAACAACGAGGACGACGAAUAUGAUGACGACGAUGAUGAUCCACCAACUGAAGAAGAACUCAAACGUCGUCAACUUGUUAAAAACAAACCAGAUAUUUCCCAAAUUUAUAACUUGUAUGAUUUUGAAUUUGUUGCUCGUCAUACCAUGGAUCCAAUUGGGUGGGCAUACUACCUGUCGCUGGCAGAUGGGGAAGCCACAUUUAGAUUAAAUACUGGAAGUUAUCAAAGAAUUUUGUUCAAGCCAAGAGUAAUGAUUGAUGUUACUGAAGUUGACACAUCAACUACAAUGUUGGGUACUAAUGUUUCUGCUCCAUUUUACAUCACUGCUACGGCAUUAGGUAAACUUGGACACCCUGAUGGUGAAAAAGUUUUAACACGUGGAGCAUAUAAACAUGAUAUCAUUCAAAUGAUCCCCACUUUGGCCUCAUGUUCAUUUGAUGAAAUUGUUGAUGAAUCCAAACCAAAUCAAACUCAAUGGUUCCAACUUUAUGUGAAUUCGGAUCGUGAAAUCACCAAGAAAAUUGUUCAACAUGCUGAAGCAAGAGGUAUGAAAGGGUUAUUUAUUACAGUUGAUGCUCCACAAUUGGGUAGAAGAGAAAAAGAUAUGAAGACUAAAAGUAUUGUUGAUUUAAGUUUUGUUCAAGGUGAAGAUGAUGAAGCUGAUCGAUCUCAAGGAUCAGCUAGAGCAAUUUCUUCUUUUAUUGACACUAGUUUGAGUUGGAAAGAUUUGGAAUGGUUUAAAUCAAUCACUAAAAUGCCAAUAAUAUUAAAAGGGGUUCAAAGAGUGGAAGAUGCCAUUAUAGCAGCAGAACAUGGUUGUGCUGGGGUAGUAUUGAGUAAUCAUGGUGGUAGACAAUUGGAAUUUUCUCCACCACCAAUUGAAGUUUUAGCUGAAUUGAUGCCAAUUUUAAGAGAAAAAGGUUUAGCUGAUAAAUUUGAGGUUUAUAUAGAUGGUGGGGUUAGAAGAGCCACUGAUGUUUUAAAAGCAAUUUGUUUAGGGGCAAAAGGUGUUGGUAUUGGUCGACCAUUCUUGUAUGCAAUGACAGGUUAUGGUGAUGCUGGGGUUAACAAAGCUAUACAAUUACUCAAAGAUGAAAUGGUUAUGAACAUGAGAUUAUUGGGAGUUAACAAACUUGAAGAAUUGAAUGAAUCAUUUGUUGAUACCAGAUUUAUGCAAACAAGAUACGUUCCUGAUGAUGUAUUGUUUAACAGAGUUUAUGAACCAGUGCCAUUACCAAAAUUCAAGGAUACAAAAUUGUAG